AUGGAGAAAUCAGUGAUUCUACUGCUCUGGUUACCAUAUGUUGUGAAGAUCUCAAAAAGUUUCCAUUAUAUACCAAUGAGUAAACAAACAACAACAAUUUUUAUUGAAUGGGAUGAAUUUCCUAAGGGAGAAAAUCCUGAAUUUUAUUUUUUAAAAUACCAACUUGUUAAUAACUUUGCUCAAAAAAAUGUCAAAAGCAUUCUCGCAGACCCACAAAAGAUUCUGAAAUCAAUAAUAACAAUAGAAGAAAAUGAAGACUAUUACAUCAUUAUACAAUCCAUAAAAUAUGGACAAAUUUUAAGUGAAAAGUCAUUUCAAACUCGUGGAAUCUCAACAAGAAAUAUUAAAACAAUAGCAACAAGUACAAGUGUUUCUUUUAACUGGAGUGAGCUAGCUUCCAGUGACAUUUCAGUGUCAAUAUCUCUUCAUAAUUCUUCACAAAUUAUGCAAAAUAAUGUCAUGGUUUAUGAGUGGGUUAAUUUGAAACCUACCACUUUAUAUUCUUUUACAUUUGAAUUUAAACAGUUGCAUUUGGAUUUUGUAAACGUAUUUCAGAGACUGGAUGUUCAAGUUGAAACAGGUUCAUGUUCACAAGGAUGGGUAGCAUUAAAAAAUAACUGUUAUAGAAUUAGCAAAGAGAGCGUGCCAUGGAAUGUAGCCCAGGAACGUUGUAAGUUAUCGUUAAGUUCUGCACACCUUGUGGAUAUAAAAAAUGAAGAGGAAAAAAUAUUUAUAUUUUCACUUCUCAGGUCAAAGAAUCAAAUAAUAACAUGGACUGGCCUUAAUGAUUUGAAGUUAUGGUUACUGGUUUCUGUUAUAGGAUUCAGGUCAUAUGGUCAUGACAGCCUAAGUGUGGCUCUCAAGGCAUCCUCGUGA